AAGUCGUCUUCCAUUAGUAACUUUCUUCACCUUGAUGCAGAAGCUUGAAGAAGUCGAUUGGAGUGAACUUUCAACACCAAACUACGAGUUAUCGGAAGAAUGCCUGAAAACAAACUACUAUGGCACGAAAGGAGUGACAGAGGCACUUUUGCCCCUACUCAAGCUGUCCGAUUCACCAAGACUAGUUAUUGUUUCUGCGGGUGUUGCUAAGUUAUCGGAUUUUCCAGAUGGAUGGCCUAAAGAUGUAUUAAGUAAUGCUGAGAGCCUAACAGAAAAGAGAAUAGAUGCAGUACUGAGUCAGUUACUAGAAGAUCUCAAACAAGGUUUGGUGGAAACCAAAGGCUGGCCUCGAUACUUUUCAGCCUAUGCAGUCUCAAAAGCUGCCUUGAAUGCAUACACUAGAAUUCUUGCAAAGAAAUAUCCAAGUUUCUACAUCAAUUGUGUCUGCCCUGGUUACACCAAAACAGAUUUAAACUGCAAAUCUGGCAUCUUAACCAUUGACGAAGGUGCCGAAAGCAUUGUCAGGCUGGCGCUGCUCCCCAAUGGCAGUCCUACUGGCCAGUUCUUUAUCCGGAAGGAACUGUCACCAUUUUAAGCAUAUAAGUUUAUAGAGGCCCUUUCUGCUUUCAUGAAUAAUGAUCCUACUUAUGAUCAUUUACAAACUAUUUGGGUUAUCCAGUUUUAUGAGACUACUUGAAAAUUGAGAUAUAUAGGUUGAGGUUGAGAGACUUACGUUUUUGGACUUUGUCUUUGUAGUUUGUUCCUGCCUUUCAAUUCUUCCCUUAUUGUUGGAGUCAUUGUGUAAUAUGUGUU